AUGAGCCAAAGACCAUCUUCAAGAAAAUCUGCCAUCCAACAUCAAUCGACGAACAGAAAAAACCAAAUCCAAGAUGGGUGUGAUGAUUGUAAUAAUGAGUCUCAAAUAGAUGAAGAUUCAAGAUACGAUCCUAAAGAUCUCCGUGAUCUCGUCCGUAUACUCAGUCCAUUCGUUAGACUAAUCCUAGACACUAAUAAUCCGUACGCAAGACUAGUAGCUCAAGAAGUACGCAAAACUUUUUAUCAUUUGUUUUAUCCUGAUAUGCAUCCUUCAGACGUAGCGAAAACAUUGAAUUUGAAAACUAAAUGUCAAAAAUAUCUACAAUUGUGGAACGAAUGUUGGCUGUAUAUUCCAGAAUCACCAAAUAAAAAAUGGGUAUCAAUGCGUACACUUUUGGAUGAAAAUAUCGUAGAACUAUACAACUCAUGUAGUGAAAACUACGUUAACCAGCAAUCCGGAUUGCAGCAGAGAACACCAAAUUGUAAUACAAACGAAAUAAGAACUCAAACCGAACAAUCUUCAGAAUUUAACGUAGCAUCUUUUUCUGAAAUCUGCCCAAAUUUAUUUGACAUGAACCCUCCAGAUUGUAUGUGUGAACACCAAUUCGCGGGUUCUGACUUAUUACCUUGCAUAAAUAAUUCCAAAUCAGAAGUCGAAAAAACAAUAUAUCUUUCUUCACAAAACAUUGACGACGAAAUUAAAUAUAUUCCUAAAAUAGAUUCGAAACUGAUUUCUAAUGAAAUAUCAGAAAGUGAACGUCUGCUCACCGAAGCUUUAAGUAUAAAUAGUCUUAAUAGAUUUAGAGAUACAAAUGGAAAAAUUAAAUUACGAGAAUCUAUUUUAGACGACAAUUGUUUUAAACGUCAAUCUGCAGGAAAUGGUGUUUACUUACCAUAUUGCGAACCAGGAUGCAGUAGAGACUCUGUAAGACCUAUAUUCACACAGGGAAAUAUGGGCCAAUACGAAUACUACAGAAUAACUGGGAAUACACCAUCACCACGACUAGGUAAUCUGAGGUUUAGAUCCCUACCAAGAACACCGGUUGAACCAGAACUCAGAACAAAUGCUUUAAGGGAUUGCGAUACUGAUACGAUGAGCUAUGAAGAAUCUGAUGAAUCAGGUUCAGUCGUAAGUGUAAAAAGCUUUAAUCCAUUAAAAUGUAACUCAAGUAUAGUGGCCAACGCAUUUAAUAACUUAUCAUUAGAAGUACAAAAACUUAAGAAAAAGAAGAAUGCUUUUACGGUAUUGACAAAAAAUUAUUUGAAAUUUAUGUCGAACUCUUUCGAAGGAGAUAACUUGUGUAUGGACAGUUCGAUAUCCAAAACAGUUUUGCAAAGUAUCAAUGAAAACCCACCGACAAAUUGUAAACAGUUCGACGAUGACGAGUGGAAUGAUAAUGCUUUUAGGGACAAAGAUUUCAUUAAUUUACUUCCAUUUUAUGAACUUGUUCAUAAUCAAUUGGAAUGUAUUUCGAAAACACAACAAGAUUAUUGUAUCAAUAUGUUAGAUGACAUAAUGUCCACUUUUUUUCAUAUACAUUACGAUCUUGGCGAUCCAAGACUUAAAAAUGAUAUGCUCGUUGAACAUGUCAAGCUUAUUACAAGGAAUACUUGGGAGUUAUAUUUUUAUAAGAAAAAUAAGAAAAUGCCUACAAUACCUGAGAAAUCAUAUUGUCCAUUAAGUCCACAAGGUGUGCCACCGCAAGUUAGUCUGAAGCCAUCUAACCUUAGGCCAUCCAAUCUUGAAGAUCCAGGUCCGAGGUCACCAAAUCCAAUAAAACCUCCUAGUAUAAAGCAAUUUGGCCCAAAUAAAAACCUGAAAAGUAAUUCAUCGACGACUAUAAAUAAAAAAUCACGAGUGACGGAUGCACCUCAACAGUGCGUAGCCAAUCCUCCUAUAGAAAAAAAAAGUAAUUUUUUGCGAAGAAGUCGGCCAAGUGGAGCACCUAAAAAAUGGGCACCAAAAAUGAAACCAACGGAACGACCAGAAACCUUAAAAGAAUUUAAAGCGAGACCUUUGCCAAAAUUUGUGCGCGAUAAAUUAAAUACUCAUAACGAACCAUGUUGA